AUGGUUAUCAAGAAGCGACAAAUUCUUUGGGACUGGACCAACACAGGUGGUGCUGGCAAUCCUGGUAUCCCUGACAAGAUUAACCAAAUCCCCUUCGACAACAACAGCCCAGUCGCUUCCGUCGUAAACUGGAAUGCGUGGGUUCCCCCGGAGCUCAAGGACCGAGUACCAUUCCGUCCUAUGGUGCGCGUUCUCGAGAACACCAAGGGCAAUGACUGGGCUAUCAUCCAGAACACCAAGUAUCCCAUUAUCCUGUUCCUGAACGAGCCUGAGCGUGCUGGCAUAAGCCCUGAACAGGCAAGAGAUAUCUGGUACAACCAGAUGCUACCUUUGAGGAAGAACAAGGGCAAGAAACUCGGCUCCCCGGCAGUUGCCUCCGACGAUAAUGGCCGUAAGUGGAUCGAGAAGUUCAUGUCACUUGUGGCAAAGGACGCGCCCGACUUCCUGUGCCUGCACUACUACUCGACCAACGGCAAUGACGCAAUCAAGUACAUCACUGACAUGCACAACAAGUGGCCCAAACCCAAGGUGAUGGUCACCGAAAUUGCGUCCAUUGACCGCAACUAUCAAUCCGUCCUAGGCUUCACUGUCCAGCUCGUCAACUGGAUGGACAAGCAGGACUGGAUCGCCGAGUAUGGUAUUUUUGACUUCCAGCGCAAGGUCGCAGAUGGCUUCGUCAGCCCCGCCGCCCAGCUCAUGGAUGGCAACGGUAACCUCACUGAGCUGGGCAAGAUGUACGUCCACCAGCAACCCUUGAAGUUCCCCGGCCAGGCCAACGUCUCUGCCUUCACCGCAUUGGAAGCCGAGCCCCAACAGCAUGCCAUCGAAGCCGCUUCGCUCGGCGAGGAGACCGGGAAGACCGGGGAGCCCCUAUCACACGAGGGCGACUUCCAGGCCGCCGAGGCCUCUGCAGAAGAGGAAGCGCAGGAGUUCGGCGUGAGCGCCGCCGCGGCUCUCAGCCAGGACCAGCAGAAGGCUUUGGAUGCCCACAACAACAAACGCAAGGGUAAGGGCCUCCAGCCCCUGGCGUGGGAUGCUCAGCUAGCCAACAACGCCACUGCGUACGCGCAGCAUCUCGCUAAGAUUGGCAAGAUGGAGCACUCCUCCGGCGACCAGCGCCCUAACCAGGGCGAGAACCUCGCGUGGGCUUCUGCUUCCGGAACACCUCUCAUCAUGUCCGCCAACAUGUGGCUGAAUGAGGAGAAGAACUACCACGGCGAACCAAUUGGCCAGGGCAACUUCGGCUCCUAUGGUCACUACACUCAAUGCAUGUGGAAGUCCACCACCAAGGUCGGUAUGGGCUCAGCCAAGGACGCUAAGGGUGGCGUGUACAUCGUUGGACGAUACUCGCCCACUGGAAACUGGACUGGACAAAAGCCAUACUAGUUUAUGGUCAUGCGGGCCUAGCUUCCACGAGCUCGGCAUUGUCUUCUUGUCGGUAAAAUGCAGUCGGUCAUUAGUUAGAGUUGGAGCAACUGGAUUGGC